AUGUAAAUACAAAAAGAUCUCAAAUCACGUAUACAAGAAAUACUUUAAAAACACAAUAUUAAAUAAGUAGAUUUAGCAAGAGAAAUAGGCAUCCAUCAUAGUACUCUCUCACUUUGGAUGUAAAAUAAAAAUAAACCACGCAAAUAAGAUAUUUCUAAUUCACAAAGUACAAGAAUAGAAGAAUUAUUGGAAAGAUGGAUUGCUACAUUUCAUGCUAAUAAAGGUUAAGGUAUGGGUACUGGACAAUUUAGACUUCCUGAUAGUAGAGCUUCAUAAUUUUGUAAUACUUUUAUUCAUUUAUCAAAAUCUUAGUAUCCCAUCACACUGUUAGACCUGUCUUACCUAUCUCUAAAUUUCAUAUCCUUAGAAAUCAAUAUCAAAAUUCCAUUAAGUAAUAAAGAUAAGAAAUCAUUUUACGUAAAACUUAAGAACAAUUAAAAAACAAUCCCAAUAUUUCAUUACAAUAAGCUUUCAAUCAAUCUGUAAAACAAUUACUCAUUAUUUAUUCAGGCUUAAGAUAUUCCCAUUGAACCUCCUAAACAUCAAUAAUUAGUUCCAAUCACUAUUGAUUUUGAAUUAGAUGGCAAAAAAAUUUACUAAACUUUUUGUUGGAAUUUAAAUGAAUCUCAUAUGAUACCUGAAACUUUUGCAAGAAUCAUUACUGAAGAAAAUUAAUUGCCUUCAGUAAUUGAAUAAGAAAUUUGUACUUAAAUAAAGAAGCAAGUUUAAAAUUAUAAAUGUUACUAUCCUACAAAAAAUGAAAUGUUAAAAAAUCUCCAUGUAGAUCUUAGAGUUGAAAAUAUUCAUUUUAAAGAUUAGUUAGAAUGGGAUAUGAAUAAUACUAUGAAUUCACCAGAAGCAUUAGCAGAAAUUACAGCUAAAGAAAUGGGAAUGCCUGAAUAUUAUGAACCUAGAAUUGCUCAUGCAUUAAGAGAAUCAAUAUCUUCAUUGUAAAGAUAAAUGGAACCUAAAACUGGUGAAGACUAUAGUAACUUAAAAAAGAGUACAAGAACUUUGAUUGAAAGUACUACAAAUUACAAUCAAUUCAAAAAUGUUAUGUUUUCAAAUUAAAUAAAUGAUAAAAAUUGGGUUAGAUGUGAAUUAGAAUAUGAUCAUUAGUUUUAAUGGGGUCCAUCAGUUGAACUUCUUGAUUCAAAUGCUCUCAGAAAUGUUUAAAAAUAGGAAGAUCGUAAAACUAGAUAUGUAAGAAGAUAAAGAUGA